AUGCUUGCGGAUCAAUUCGGCAUGGCUGGUCUCGUCACCUACCUGCGCACUGUCGACAAUCCGUCGAUAGUGUCAUUAGCGCUCGGCUACGAUCUCACCACGCUCGGACUGAACCUGAACCUUUCCGAGUAAGU